AUGGCUAUCAUCAUAUCGGCUUUCCCUAAUGCUGCACUUUACUAUGUUGUCUAUGCAGUUCCUCCUCUGCUCCUACUUUACCUUUCACUCAAUUAUUUCUACAAUUCGCUACACACCUUUCCUGGCCCUUUCUGGGCACACCUGACCGAUAUUUGGCGAUAUAUUGAUGUCAAGGGUCGACGUCCUGAGCUUACACACAUAGCUUUGCAUCGCAAGUAUGGCGAUAUCGUGCGCCUUGGGCCACGCACUUUGUCCUUCGCGGGCCCAAAGGCAACGAAGGUGAUCUACGGUCUAAACAAAGGAUUCACCAAGUCCGAGUUUUACCCAGUACAAAUGACCGUUUCUAAAGGCGAGCCAUUGCCAUCGCUGUUCUCUACUCUGGAUGAGAGCUUCCAUGCGAAUCUCCGCCGUUCUGUCAACCAUGCGUUCUCAAUGAGUUCGUUGGUACAGUAUGAACCAAUGGUCGAUGAGACAACGGAAAUUUUCCUCGAUCAAACGGACCGACUCUUUGCUGAUGGAGCCACAGUGUGCGAUUUCGCACGAUGGCUGCAAUUCUUUGCCUUUGAUGUUAUUGGAAGCAUCACGUAUAGCAAACGCCACGGGUUUAUCGAAAAAAACGAAGACAUUGAUGGCAUCGUCAGUUCGCUGGCAAAUAUCUUCGAUUAUUCUGCCCCUGUUGGUCAGAUGCCAUGGCUAGAUAAGCUAUUUUGGAAGAAUCCAAUAUUUGAUCUCCUUCAAAAAUUGGGUUUAUCAGAUAAUUCGCAUCCUGUGGCCAUCUUCGCAAAGCACCGCAUGGAAGAACGCAUGUCAGCAAAAGUUGCUGUAACAGGGCCGGGAUCAAAGGAUGAUCUUCUCACCAUGUUCCUCAAGGCGGGUGAAGCCCGUCCAGAUUUCAUGACGAACAAACGAAUCCUUACCAUGGCCGUCUCUAUGGCCUUUGCCGGGUCUGAAACAACCGCCAUCAGCAUUGCAGCUGUGUUCUACUAUUUGCUCAAGAACCCAGAGUGCCUAAUACAGAUUAGGCAAGAGCUGGAUGCUGCCGUGGACAACGGGACGAUCGUGAACCGCCCAACAGGACUUGUCUCAUGGGCAGAGUCGCGGCAGCUGCCUUAUCUCGAUGCCUGCAUAAAGGAAGCUUUCCGUAUGCAUCCCGCUGCAGGACUUCCUCUGGAACGUGUUGUUCCUGCGUCGGGGGUGGAGAUCUCGGGACAUUUCAUUCGCGGCGGAACAAUCGUUGGCUGCAGCCCUUGGGUUAUUCAUCGCCGGACAGACAUCUUUGGUCCAGAUGCCGACAUAUACAACCCCGAUAGAUGGAUUACUAGUCCGCGGGAUCAAUUAAAGGUUAUGGAUGGAAUGAUGCUCCAGUUUGGUGCCGGUUCGAGGACCUGCAUUGGGAAGAAUAUCUCUCUAAUGGAGAUUUAUAAAAUUAUACCUAGCUUUUUGCGGAGGUUUGAGGUACAACUGGCACAUCCUGAGCAAGAAUGGAAACUGUGGAAUGCAUGGUUUGUACGUCAACACAACUUCAAGACGAUUUUCACCCCGAAAGAGAUUAUAGUAUAA